AUGACUUUUAUCACGGUUAAGUUCGGAGACAAUAAAAGCGAAAUUUUUAAUCCAAACUGUCGAAAUACUAGCUUGAUAGACAAUAUCAAAGAAAGAUGUGACUGUGAGAAAGAUGACUGGAUUAGUUUAUCCGAUGAGCGAGGUAUCUUAAAGAAGAUACACCUGAAUUUACUUGAUUAUGCUAGCAAUUAUCUUGAACCACGAGGAGUUUUUAUCCUAAUUAAGAUUGAAAAAGAUGAGAAUAGCAAUGACCACGAACUUACUUAUACGCCAUUAUUGGAUAGCCUUGAACAAGAUCAAAAAUUUUUAGCUCGAUUGCGACCGAAACCAAAAUCUCCAUCAACUAAUAGUCCAGCCAAAGAUAAAAAAUACGAUUUAAAGAGGCGAAGAAGUACUCGUGUAAUCGUCACUAAUAGUAAACCUCGCACUCCUACCACUGGCAAAGGACGUCAGUCGAGGGUACAAAACUAUAGUCUAUCGCCAAAUAAAGGAGCAAAAAAGGGCAAGUAA